UUAUAAUUAUAUUCUGUGGCAAAUUGCAUCCGUUUUAGUUUUUAGUAUGGUUUUAAGUUUUAGUUUUGAUAUGCAGAAAUAAUAUUUCGCUUGCAUAUCUACGUAGAAGUUAAAUUCAAAAUCUAGAUCAACACUUUGUUACUGAGCCGCGUCAAUUUACUAAGCAAAUAUGUCAUAUCAACUGUAUAGAAAUACGACAAUAGGAAACACAUUACAGGAAAGCCUUGAGGAAUUAAUACAGUAUGGCCAAAUAACACACUCGCUGGCUUUAAAAGUCAUGCUUCAAUUUGAUAGAUCUAUAAAUCAAGCUCUAUCCAACAGAGUAAAAUCUAGGCUAACUUUUAAAGCAGGAAAAUUAAAUACUUAUAGGUUCUGUGAUAAUGUGUGGACAUUUAUGUUAAAUGAUGUAGAAUUUAGGGAAGUACAAGAAGUUGCUAAGGUGGAUAAAGUUAAAAUUGUAGCUUGUGAUGGUAAAAAUGUUGAAGAUCGAAGGUAAUGAGGUAAAGAAGAAUAUUAGUUUAAAUUAAAAAAAGAACUAUUUGCUGUUUCUUAAAUUAUUACUUGCUGUACACAAAAAUGUUUUGUUAAGUGAUUUUUGUUUAUUAUAUAUGUUUCCAUUCUAAAGAAUUAAACAGUGAAGUGUU